UCAAGAACAAAUUAACUUUUAAACUCAUUUGGUUUUGUUACUCUCCCUCCCUCCUCCCCCGGCCCCCAUCUUAAUUAACAAGAUGAGCGUAAUCGUCCUUAGUGGCUCAACGUUGACUGCAUUCGUGGAAGACAGAGAAGCCUUCGACCAAUGCGUGAAGGAGCACUUCAUGAACCUUGACACCAACGGCGAUGGAGUUCUCUCUCGCUCCGAGCUUGGUAAGGGAUUUCAUUGCCUAUUGUCACUAGGGAACGAUUUGGGGACCGAAGAGGAGCUCAAAGGCCUAUAUGAUAUUAUCUUUGACAAGUUUGAUGCCGAUAGGAGUGGAACCAUUGAUCGUGAUGAAUUCCAAUCGGAGAUGAAGGAAAUCCUGCUUGCCAUGGCCAGUGGCCUUGGCGAUAUCCCCCUGAAGGUGGCCCUGGAGAGCGAUAGUUUCCUCAUGAGGGCUGCUCAGCAUGAAGCCACUAAAAAGGAGAAACAGAUAAAGCCGAUUUCUCACAACCAAUGAGCACUUUCUAUAUAUACAUUUUUUUUUUUUUAGGAGAAGAGGGGAUCGAGAGGUACUAAUAAUGUGAGUGCUUGAUGCAAGUUAAUUACAUUGAAACACAAAGAUAAAUUAAUUAUUCAUUCUUUCAAA